AUGGAAACAUUCAUACCCAUUACUUUGCCUACAAUAUAUCAAGACGAAGACAAGGAGGAAAGCAACACAAAACAGAGACCUUUCAAAUAUGAAGAACAAAAAUAUAAAGAUGUCAAGAAAUUUGGGAAACAACCAGCUGAAAUAGCAGAAAAGGAAACAAUGAAAUAUAAAACAGUUAGAACAUCCUCUAAACGCUUGAAGUCAGAGAAAACAGAAGAUUACCUUAAAGAAAGUAUACCUCAACAAUGUAUAGUUGCUCCAGAAUCAGCUUUCCAUAAGAAAAAAGGGAAAUUAAAAGAAAAAAAGCUUUGCACUCAGGAUCGUGCAAAAGUUAAGAAAGCCAGUAUUGUGUCAUAUGAUAAAACAGAACCAGAAGAUGAUGACAUGAUAAGAAAUAUUAUUAGGCUAAGAGAAAAGCUUGGUUGGCAAACUAUACUACCACAAUACAGUUUGAAAUACAAAAGUUGUGAAAUUUCAAGUCAGAAGACUACUAUAAAGGAAUGUCUGAAAGACGAUGGAGAAUUUGUAUAUUGCCUUCCUCGGAAUAAUUCUAAAGCUCUUUACAAUCCAUAUGAUCUUCAGGUAGUCUCUUCCCAUACAGCUAAACAUUGUAAAGAAUACUGGAUUACUACUGCUUCAUUUAUAUCAAAGGUUAUUAAAAUAGGUGAUGAUAAAGAGGAAGUAGAACUUGUAUCUGUUCCAGAAUGGCUGUCAGAAAGAAGAUUUUACUAUUUAUUACGGCAGUUUAAGAUAUUUUACAAUUUCCGAAUUAAUAAAGCAUUUGUUACCUGGAAAUUGAAUGUUAAAAGAAUUAAGACAGAGAAGAGUAGGUCAUUUUUGUGCCGCCAUCUUUUCUGGGCUGAUGAGUUAUUUCAAGCCUGUCUGCUUUACAUAAAAGGACUUUGUGAAGAUGCAGUUACUCUCAAAAACUGUAAUGAACAUGAAGAUAAUAUGCCUACAAUAUGCCUUGUAAAGCUGGAUAGUUCUCGAACCUAUUCUCUAGAUGAAUUUUGUGAAGAGCAGUUACAACAAGCUACCCAGGCAAUGAAAAAACUUGAGGAUGUUAGAGAUAAAGCAGCUUCCAAGAUGCAAAGUACAUUUUUGAAGGUUGCAGAAAAGAAAGAAAUCAAAGAAUAUUUUGAGUCAAAACACUCAGAUGACACAACACAUUUCAAGCUCCCUAAAUAUCGACGUUUAUUAGAAAAAAAUUUCAGGUUUGUGAUGCUAGUUGACUACAUAUUUCAAGAACUCAUUCGACAACUUAUGAACACUGCAAUCACACUACUUUUGGAAUUAUUUAAUGAUUCUGCUAGAAUUCCAUUUUCAGUGGAAAAGAAGAAUGAAGAGCUCAUCAGAGCAACAACCAUGGACAGCUUUUCUACUGAAAAGAUGACAGAUGUUUGGGAAGAACUUGUUAAUAUUUCAAACUCACAUGGAACUUGUGUUCUAACAUCAGAAGUAAAAACACACACUGAAGUUAAUGAGGUUUCGAGUGCUACUAAAGUGGAGAAGGAUUUGAGAAAAAUAUCUGCACCAAUAUUUAAAAUAAAUCUAUGCUUGAGAAUUCCUGAGAGUGAUUCUCUAGAAAAUUUUGAAGAGAACUUUCAUGAGUCUGACCAGUGCCCUGAAAAAUUUGUGAUGUCUAAAGAAAAUGAAAUGUCAAAAAAUGAAGACAGUUGUGCCCAAACUAAUUCAAAGGAAGAAUUUCUCCCCAAAGCCAAAACACCACAAAAAUUUAUUCAUAAUCUUGAAUAUAUUCUUUCAGACACAGAAAUUACAACUGAGUUUGAGAGCAAAGAUAUGAACGAUGAAUUACUAAAAUUCCCUACAAAUCUCUUUAUAGAUCCCAACAGAUUGGAGUUUUCAGUAAAAAUUCAAAAUAUGGUGACUAAUAUUGAAAAAUGUAUAACCACAAUUACACCUCUUCACCAAGAUCCUCACCUGUCUGUGUUUAUUGAUUUCUCUUCAAUUCUGGAUUUAGCUAAUAAGACAGACAGUAUAGUAAAAUAUAAGAGGCAGACCAGAUGGCCAGACUGUGAAAUCCUUUUUGAAAUGGAUCCUGCUUACCAAAAUAAAGUUGUGAGUCUCCUGACUAUUAUUGGUAAUUCAAUGGGCCUAGUUAAUGUUUACAGCUGGAAGUUUAGAAAGUAUUGUACCAUGGUAGAGAAAGCCAAAAUUAUGAGUAUGAAAAUAUCAUCUAUGGGAGAAUUAACAUCAACAGAGUUUGAAGCUAUACUAAGUAGAUUCAGAAACUAUUUUAGACAUAUUACAAAUAUGGCCAUUGAAAAGCGCAUUGGUGUUUUCAACGUUCUUAGUCUUGAUUAUCAGUCAGAAUGUUUACCUUAUGUUGAGAACAUUAUACAUUUGAGCCACACACUCUUACAAUCUCUAAUUGAAAAAAAGAGUGAAUAUCUACUGGAACUUGUAGAUUCAUCAUUGCAACAACUGGAAUGUGAUCCCACUGAAAUAGAGGAAUUUGUGAUACAUUUUACUUUUUUGGAUGAAAUUUCCAAAAAAAUAUCUACAAUAGAAGACAAGUAUUUAACAAUUGCUCAGUUAUAUUCUGUUGUAAGGAAUUACCAGGUCCAUAUUCCAGAAGAGCAAUUUGCCAUAUACAGAAUCCUUCUUAUCAAGUUUGGUCAACUAAAAACAUCUAUAAAGUUAAAUGAAACAAACAAAGAUGCCACCAUAACUAAAUUCAGAGAUAAUUUAGAAUCAUAUGUGACUGGUCUACGAACUGAUGUUAGUAAUUUAAAGGCUAAAAUAAGAACUCCUAUUCUGUUAUACAUUGGUACUCGAGUGUCAACAGAAAUGGAAAUGAUCCAGACUCUCUCAGAGGAAGCUACAAGUUUAGCUAACAGAGCUAAAGCAUGUUCAAGUUAUCAGAAUUGUUUCAAUGAUUACCAAUCUCAUAUGCAUUCUCUUAAUGUGGAAGAUAUUACACAGAUUGUGCUUUCGGAUAUCACUGACAUUGAAUAUGACUUAACUUUGAGAAAAUUAUUAUGGGAAGCACAAGGGGAGUGGGGAGCAUUCUUUUGGGAAUGGAGGAAUUGUUCUCUUCAAAAUAUUGAUACAGAGCUAGUACAGCGAAAUGUUUCAAAAUGGACACAGAUAAUUGUUAUGCUGGAAAAAGGUUUACCUAGCAAUGAUAUGGUAACACAUCUUCAGCAAUCAGUGACACAGUUUAAGCAAGAACUGCCUAUCAUGAUAGCUCUGGGCAACCCCUGUCUCAAGCCACGGCAUUGGGAAGCUCUUCAGGAGAUUGUUGGAAAGUCAGUUGAUAAAAACUGUACACUAGAGAACCUUCGAAUCCUCAAGAUGUUUCAAUAUGAAAAUGAAAUAAAUGAUAUAUCAAAUUCAGCAACUAAUGAAGCUGCUCUUGAAAAAAUGCUUUUUAAGAUUAUUGAUCUUUGGAACACUACUCCUUUACAUUUAGUUCUUCACCACUCAGAGAUUUGCUCUAUCCUAAUAAUUUCAUCUAUAGAUGACAUGUUAUCACAAUUAGAAGAAUCUCAAGUCAUACUUUCAACAAUAAAAGGAUCUUCCUAUAUUGGUCCCAUUAAGGAUCUUGUGACAGAAUGGGAUCAAAACUUGGCUCUCUUCUCUUACACCCUUGAAGAAUGGAUGAAAUGUCAAAGAAAUUGGCUUUAUCUUGAACCAAUCUUUUAUUCUUUGGAAAUACAAAGGCAGCUCCCAGCAGAAAAAAAGCUUUUUGUUCAGGUGAUUGCCACAUGGAAAGAAAUAAUGUCAAAAGUACAAAACAAACAGAAUGCUUUGCAAAUAACCAACUCUGCAGGAAUACUGGAAAUUUUGCAAAAUUGUAAUAUACAUCUUGAAAGUAUAAAGAAAAGCCUUGAGGACUAUCUUGAAAUUAAAAGAGUUAUUUUCCCAAGAUUUUACUUUCUGAGCAAUGCUGAGCUUCUUGAUAUUCUAGCAAAUAGCAGAAAUCCUGCAUCUGUACAGCCUCAUCUUGUGAAAUGUUUUGAAAAUGUAAAACACUUAUUGAUAUGGAAACAUGAAAUUGGCCCUCCUGCUGUAAAAAUGCUCAUAUCUGCUGAAGGAGAAGGUCUUCUGUUGCCAAAGAAAAUUCGCUUAAGAAGUGCUAUAGAACAGUGGCUGCUAAAUAUAGAGAAAAGCAUGUUUGAUGUGCUAAAAAAGUAAGUACAUUUUUAUUCAUAUCUCUUAUCUUUUCAGAGCCAGAUCAUGUUUUAUAAUGAUUGUCUUAAAAGUUUUAGAAGUUUUCAUUCAAGAGAAGAGAUGGAAAAAGUCCAUGCUGGUGUGAUACGUCAUCUAGAAGAAAUUGCAGAGCUGGUAGUGUUGGAUACUAGUAACUCUCGAACAAAAGUUGUACUAGGGGCAUUGCUUACCCUUUAUGUUUACUGCAGAGAUAUAGUGGUAAAUUUACUACUUAAAAAUAUCUUCAAUGCAGAGAAUUUUGAGUGGACAAGACAUUUACAAUAUAAGUGGAAUGAAAAACACAAGUUGUGCUAUGUAUCACAAGGAGAUGCCAGCUUUACUUAUGGCUAUGAGUAUUUGGGCUGUACCCCAAGGUUGGUUAUUACGCCUCUCACAGACCGAUGCUGGCUGACUCUUACAGGAGCACUACAUUUCAAUCUAGGAGGCUGCCCUGCUGGUCCAGCUGGAACAGGAAAAACUGAGACAGUCAAAGAUCUAGCAAGAUCCUUAGGCAAACAUUGUGUGGUCUUCAACUGUUUUGAGGACUUGGAUUACAAGGUAGUGAAACAAUUCUUCUUUGGACUAGUUCAGUCAGGAGCAUGGUGUUGUUUUGAUGAAUUCAAUCGAAUUGAUAUGGAAGUUCUCUCUGUCAUUGCCUCACAGAUCCUAACAAUUAAGGCUGCGAAAGACAGCUAUUCUGUCAGGUUUGUUCUGGAAGGAAAAGAAGUUCGUAUUAAUUUGUCUUGUGCAAUAUUUAUCACCAUGAAUCCUGGGCAUAGAGGUCGAGUAGAGCUUCCAGAUAACUUAAAAUCUCUGUUUCGCCCAGUGGCAAUGAUGGUGCCCCAUUAUCAAAUGGUUGCUGAAGUAAUACUGUUUUCAUUUGGUUUCAAAUCUGCAAAACCACUCUCUGGAAGGCUAGCUAACCUUUAUGAAUUAGCUAGCAAACAGCUGUCACAACAGGAUCAUUAUGAUUUUGGCUUGAGGUCCUUGAAGACAGUUUUAGUAAUGGCUGGCAAGAAGAAACGGGAGUUUAAAAGUGACUAUAUUGACAAUCUUUCUGAAGCAGAGGAAACUCUGAUCAUUAUUGAGGCUGUAAGAGAAGCUAGUUUGCCAAAAUGUCCUCCUGAAGAUGUCCCACUUUUUGAAAGGAUUAUAGGAGAUAUUUUUCCUGGAGUGAUAGUUUCAAAAGCAAGUCAACUUGCAUUGGAGAAAGCAAUAGCUAUUGCAACACAAGAAUUAGGCUUACAAAAAUGGCCAUCUCAGAGAGAGAAGAUCAUACAGUUUUAUAAUCAACUUGAAGCUUGUGUUGGUGUGAUGUUAGUAGGCCCAACAGGUGGAGGUAAAACAACGGUCAGAAGAAUUUUAGAAAAAGCAUUAGUACUAUUACCAGCUGUAGACGUCUUAUCAGAGGAAGAAGGGUACUCUACUUCAAAGAUUUUAGGAAGAAGAGGAAAUGUAGAUAUUUGUGUUUUAAAUCCAAAGUGUAUCACUCUUGGUGAACUGUAUGGACAACUGGAUCCUAACACUAUGGAAUGGACUGAUGGAUUAUUAACAGCAAUGAUUCGAAGUUAUGUAUAUUUUAACACUUCAAGUCAUUCAAGGAAAGAAAUUGAUUAUAGAAUAAGGACAAGAAUCUCAGAUUUAUCUAAUAUUUUCAAACUUGAAACAUCUGAUAUAGCAGAUGCUGAUGAUCUUAUUUUUGAGAAGGAGAUGCAGAAAGAUGUUAAAAUUUCAGAAAGUCACAAUUUUGAUUGGCAGUGGAUUAUCUUAGAUGGUCCUGUGGAUACCUUUUGGGUAGAAAAUCUGAACUCUGUGCUAGAUGACACUAGAACAUUAUGCCUAGCAAACAGCGAGAGAAUAGCUUUAACUAAUAAAAUAAGACUGAUUUUUGAAGUGGACAGUCUCUCUCAGGCCAGUCCUGCUACUGUCAGUCGAUGUGCAAUGGUCUAUAUGGAUCCUGUUGAUCUAGGAUGGGAGCCUUAUGCUAAGUCAUGGCUUUUGAAAACUUCUAAAGUUAUAAGUAAAUCAGGAGUGGAUUGUCUUGACCUUCUGUUUAAAAAAAGUAUCACAGAUGGACUACAAUUUAUAAAGAAGUAUGAGAAAUUUCAGCCAUAUCCUACACAGGAUGUAACAAUUGUCAUAACCCUCUGCAGAAUUCUUGAUGCUUUCUUUGAAAUUCUGAUUGAAUGUGGAGGACUUGGAAAAAAUGAUGAUUUGAGUGACACUCCAACUGAGGAAGUGAAUUCUCAAGAAGAUUCUACCAAAUUCAAAGAUAUAGAAGAAAGGGAUGAAAUUACGUGGUACCUGGAGAAAAAUCCUGAUAAAUUGACAGUAAUGAUUAAAAAGCUUUUUGUGUUUGCAUUUACUUGGGCAUUUGGAGGAACUUUAAACCGUGAAGAUGGACAUAAAGAUGAUAUAAUAUUUUGUCCCAGUUUAGAAGCUGAUUCUCUUGCAAAAGUAGCAUAUGAUUUUAACAAACUUAUUCAUGAAUUAUUUGAAAACAACUUGCAAGUCGGUAAGUUCUGGAUCAAAAGCCAGGGCCGACUCAGAGAGAAUAAUUGCCUCAAGCUACCAACUGAUGAAAGUUCUAUCUUUGAGUACUUUUUAGAUAUACAACAAUGUGAAUUCAUGCCCUGGUCAGAUUUAGUGCCUAGUGAUCAGACACUAAUUCAAAGAGGACCUUCAGUACUAAUUGAUCAUCAAGGAUCUGGUGAAAACCUCUUGAAGAUUGCAGAAUGUAGAGAGGGCAUUAAUUAUACUGCUACCAGAACUACUAUAUGCCUGUCUUUUCUCAUGAGCCUUCUUUUAAAGAAUUCCUACCCUGUUCUUCUCACAGGAGAAUCUGGUGUUGGGAAAACUGCCGCCAUUAACCAAAUGCUUGAAAAUUUAGAGGGUGCAGGAACAUUUGAUAUAAAAUAUGGUUCAAUUUUGGGAGAUGUCCUAUUAUAUAAUGAAAUUAAAAAAUCAAGGUUCCUAAAACAGAAUAUCAACAUCUUGAUUUCCGAAACUCAUAAGACACCAACUGGAAAUCCAGAUAAUGCUACUAAAAAACCAGAAGUUAUAACUAAUGAAAAUUCUUCUAAAAAUAAUAGAAAUGGAGGAAUUAUAGUCUCCUCAAUAAAUUUUAGCACCAGUAUGACAGCUGCCAAAACCAAGGAGAAGAUUCUUAAGAAGUUGAUAAGGAGAGCUAAAGAUACUCUUGGACCACCACAAAACAACAGGAUUGUAAUAUUCAUUGAUGAUGUGAAUAUGUCAGCAUCAGAUAGAUAUGGAGCAGAGCCACCCUUAGAAUUGAUAAGACAAUUAUUAGAUUUGGGAGGAGUUUAUGAAACUGGAAAAAAUGUAUGGAAGAAUAUUCAAGAUCUCUCAAUAGUUGCAGCUUGUUUUCCUCUAGGUGGUGGGAAUGAUAUCAGCCCACGUCUUCUCAAACAUUUCUCUAUACUGGUAAUGCCUCAUCCUUCACCAGGUGCCUUACGUACGAUUUUCCAGGUUCACUUGGGAAUGUAUUUCUCCAUCAAUAACUUCACAGCCGAUGUUCAGAAAAGUAAGCAUCAGAUAAUAUCUUGUUGCCUAGCUGUAUACCAUCAAGUACGUCAGAAUAUGUUACCGACUCCAACAAAAUGUCACUACAUGUUUAAUCUUCGAGAUGUGUUUAAGCUUCUCUUAGGAUUGCUGCAAGCUGAAAAGGUUAUUAUUAACUCCAGAGAGAUGGCUGCUCGACUUUUUAUUCAUGAAGCAACUCGAGUGUUUUAUGAUCGCUUAAAUGAUGCCACUGAACAAAGGCUUUUCUUCCAGUUGCUUUCAAAAGAAUUUAGGACCUAUUUUCAGAUUGGAAUCGAUGGAUGUGGAAAAGAAACUUGUGCAACAUUGGCCUGUUACAUGGAAGAUAACAAACUGUAUCGAGUCUCUAUAUCUCACAGUUACACCCACACAGAAUUCAGAGAAGUCUUAAAAAAGGUGUUUAGUCAAGCAGGAUUAGAAGGGAACCCCACUGUUCUGAUGGUUCUUAAUUUAAUCCCAGGACAAGAUUUAUUUAUGGAAGAUUUGAACUGCAUUAUCAAUUUGGGAAGAAUACUUGACUUGUUUGAAAAUGAUGAGCUGGACUCUAUUGCAAAACAUAUCAAAUCUCUUGAUGAACAGUUUGAUCAUAUGGAUGAAAGGCAGUUUUUACUUUCAUUCUUUCAAAAGAGAAUAUAUAAAAAUCUUCAUAUUUUCAUAAUCAUGAGUCCUGAAGGACCUAAUUUGCGCCAAAAUUGUAGAGUAUACCCUUCUUUGAUUAGCUCCUGCACAAUCGAUUGGUAUAAGAAGUGGCCAGAUGAAGCUCUCCUUCUUGUAGCGAAUUCAUUCUUAAGAGAAAAGGUGAAUUUCAGGAGAAGAGAGCACUUAAAAGAAAAACUUGCCUCAACAUGUGUCCAAAUUCACAAAAGUAUAAAAGAUUUGAGCACGAAAUACUUUCAAGAAACUAGAAGACAUUAUUAUGUCACUCCCAAUAAUUACUUGCAAUUCAUGGAAACAUUUGCACAAAUUUUGAGCUUACGAGAAAAGGAGAUGCAAAAAAAGAGGGACCAUUUCUAUGUUGGUCUAUCCAAGAUUCUGGAAGCAACCACACUAGUUACAGAUAUGCAGGAGGAGCUCUUUAUUCUUGGCCCUCAAAUAGGCCAAAAGACACAGGAAACAGAAACUCUAAUGGAAAAACUACAGAAAGAGUCACAAAUAGCUGAGAAAGUUCAAAUGCUUGUUAAACAGGAUGAAGAAAUUAUGGCAGAAGAAAUAAGAAUUGUGGAAGAUUAUGCUCAGAAAACUGCCAAUGAACUAAAAGGGGUGCUUCCAGCCUUAGACAAGGCACUUGUGGCUCUCAAUUCCCUGGAUAAAGCUGAUAUUGCUGAAUUAAGAGUAUACACACGACCUCCCUUCCUUGUGCUGACUGUCAUGAAUGCAGUGUGUAUUCUUCUGCAAAAGAAACCUAACUGGGCAACAGCAAAGUUACUUCUUUCAGAAACUGGUUUCUUAAAAAAAUUGAUUAACCUUGACAAGGACAACAUACCUGAUAAGGUUUUUAUGAAGCUGAAAAAAAUUUUAAUGAUACCUGAUUUCAACCCAAACAAGAUAGCUUUGGUUUCUGUUGCUUGCUGCUCUAUGUGCCAAUGGGUCAUAGCUUUGAACAACUACCACGAAGCACAGAAGCUGGUGGUCCCUAAACAAGUCCAAGUAGCUGAAGCUCAAAAUGCUCUUAAAGUUGCACGACAACGAUUGGCAGAAAAACAAAGAGGUUUACAGCUGAUUGAAGAACACUUGGUGUCUCUGCAAGCAGCCUUCAAAGAUACUGUUAAUGAAAAACACGUAUUAGCAAAUCGGAGAAAACUGGUCAACAGGCGCUUGCAGCAUGCGUCAGUCUUAUUAACUGUCCUCGAAGAUGAGAAGAUUCGAUGGCAAGAAACAAUCAAUCAAAUAGACAACAAAUUGGGAGGAAUUGUGGGUGACAUACUUGUUUCAUCAGCAUGCAUUGUCUACAGUGGAGUUUUAUCACCAGAAUUUCGCCAGUUGAUUGUGAAUAAAUGGGAGAAGCUUUGCAGUGAAAAUGGCAUUUCUUUGUCUCCCAACUUUUCUUUAAUUGAAGUCAUGGCAGAAAAAUAUGAGAUCGGCCGAUGGCAUAAUCAAGGGCUGCCUCUUGGUCAGCAUUCAACAGAGAAUGCCAUCUUCAUCAUGAAUAGCCAGCGGUGGCCACUGGUGAUUGACCCACAUAAGCAAGCAUACAACUGGAUCCGUCAGAUGGUAGGACCAACGCUGCAGGAGCUCUCCAUUGAGGAUAGCAAUUACACAAAAAAAAUUGAAAAUGCUAUGAAAAUAGGAGGAAGUAUCCUCUUACAGAAUCUGCUGGAAACAUUAACUCCUGGUUUAAAGGCAAUUUUGAAGAAGGAUGUCUAUCAGAAAAGAGGACAAUAUAUCAUAAAGAUUGAUGAUUCUGAGGUUGAAUACAAUCCCAAAUUUAGGUUAUAUUUGUCUACAGAUAUAGACAACCCCCAUUUUCUUCCAUCAGUUUAUAACUUUGUUACUAUAAUCAAUUUUGCGGUAACAUUCCAAGGUUUGCAAGAUCAACUCUUAUCUACUGUAGUAACUCAUGAAGUUCCUCAUUUAGAAGAACAGCGUUCCCAAUUAUUGGAGAAUAUUUCCCAUGAUACUGUAAUUCUUAAUGAACUGGAGGAAAAAACAUUAAGUUUACUGCAGAAAACACAAGGAUGUGUAUUGGAUGAUGAGGAAAUUUUAGAUACCUUAAGAAAAUCCAAAAUGACAUCAAAUGAAAUUUCAAAGCGCAUCAAAGCGACAAAAAAAGCUGAACAUAAAAUCCAAACAACACGCAAAACCUAUCUCCCCAUUGCUACCAGAGGUGCCCUGCUCUACUUUCUGGUUUCUGAUCUUACACAAAUUAACUACAUGUACCAAUUCUCCCUAAGAUGGUUUCGUCAAAUUUUUGUUUCAUCAGUAAUUUUCAAAAUCAGAGAACAAGAAAGUAAUUUGAAAAAGGAGAGAAUAUCUCUGAGAAAACUUCACAAGAUUACAAAAGAUACUAACUUGGAAAAUGAGAAAGAUCUCUUAGACAAGCAUAUUAAAACUGCAAUAACUGUAUUGACAAGAAAUGUUUUUAAGGUAGUUUCUUCAGCUCUAUUUAAUCAAGAUAAACUUUGCUUCUCUUUUCGACUUUGCACUACAAUCAUGCAAAAUAAUGCUAAAGAAAAUCUAACGCAGGAUGACAUUGGAUUCCUACCAGAAAAAGAAUGGCAUAUAUUUUUAUAUUCUGGUAUAUUGAUAAAUAUUAAAAGUGCUUUACUCCAGCCUAGACUUAAUAGCUUAUUUGCAAUCCGUAGAAACCAACAUCUUCAGUGGCUUUCAGGCACCAGGUGGAAGCAGUGCCAGUAUGUCAGCCGUCAACUGGAACCAUUUUCACUUCUAUGCAGAUCCCUUUUAUCAAACGUAUUGCAAUGGAAUAAUUUCAAGAACAGUGAGAAUGUUUAUUCUUUGGUCAGCACACCUUUCUGCCCAGAAAAUGUUUCACCGAAGGAAAGUACAAAACCACCAGAGGAGAGUGAAGUUUGGAAUGAAAAUGAAGAUAUGCGUAAUCCUAUAAAUUUUCCUUGGGAGAAACUCACUCCAUUUCAAAGACUUAUUUUGGUAAAAAUCCUUAGACCAGAACAUUUAAAAAAUUCAGUAAAAAAGUUUAUUAUUGAAAAAAUGGGAAGUGAAUAUCUUCAAAGAACUGAAGUAAAUCUGAAAGAAUCAUUUGAACAAUCCAAUGCCAGAACUCCAUUGGUACUUAUUUACUCUCAUGGAAUUGACCUCACCAACGUUCUCCUGAGAUUGGCACAGGAGCUAAAAGGAACAACAGAUCAUGUGACCAUGAUUUCUUUGGGCCGUGGCCAGGCAACUAAAGCUGAAGAUCUCAUUUUUAAGGCACUCAACAAAACACAGCAAUGGGUCUUCCUCCAGAACUGCCACUUUGCAGCAUCAUUUAUGCCAAGACUUUGCACUAUUGUAGAAUCAUUUAAUAAUCCAGCUCUAACAGUAGACCCUGAUUUCAGACUAUGGUUAAGCUCAAAAUCAGAUAGUUCUUUUCCGAUUCCUAUUCUUCAAAUGAGUUUAAAGAUUGCUGUAGAAUCUCCCCAGGGGUUGAAAAGUAAUUUACUUCAGACAUUUGGAUUCACUGGAAGUGGAGAGGUAACAGAAGAGAUGUUUGAAAAACGUGACUGUGGAGAAUGGUGGAAAAAGCUUUUAUUCAGCCUAUGUUUUUUCAAUGCUGUGAUCAAUGAAAGAAAAAAUUAUGGAAUAUUGGGCUGGAAUAUUAUUUAUAAAUUUAAUGCUUCAGACUUGGAGGUUUCGAUAAAGGUGUUGGACAAUUCCCUGAGCCGAUCCCCCAGUAUUCCAUGGAAAGCACUGCGCUACCUGAUUGGGGAAGUGAUUUAUGGUGGCCGGGUGACGGACAGCUGGGACAAGCGAUGCCUGAAGACCCUUCUCUACCGAUUUUGUAAUCCUGAAGUGCUAAAGGAUAACUUCACUUUCUUGCCUAAAUCUGCAAGCGUAAAGGACUACUUACACAUUAUCUAUUCGUUACCGGAUGAUGAUCCUCCAGAGAUCUUGGGAGUACACCCUGAGGCCAUAAGGAGCUGCAGGGAGAUUGAGAGCCAAAACUUUAUUGAAAAUCUCAUUACCAUGCAACCAAGAACUACCACUGGGGCCAACCUCAAGAUCCGACCUGAGCAGAGUAAUGAUGAACUGGUGAUGGAAAUGUUGUCUGACAUGCAAAAGCGGUUGCCACUGACAGUUGAGAAAAGAGACAGUGCUGGUGGGGCUCCACGCACAUUGAAGGGCAUGAUGUCCAGCCCCAUUUGGGAAUUUCUUUCUAAAAGUCUCAAAGGUUAUGAUCCCCUAAUCCAUUCUGUCUUGUUAACCUUUUUGAACCAAGAAAUUGAACGAUUUGAUAAGUUAUUAUCUGUCAUACAUAAAUCUUUAAAAGAUCUUCAGCUUGCUAUAAAGGGAGAGAUCGUCCUCACUGAAGAAUUGGAAGAAAUAUUUAACUGUUUUCUGAAGAUGAAAGUGCCUCCACUGUGGCAGAAACACGCCUACAUGUCAUGUAAGCCACUGACUUCCUGGGUUAACGAUCUCACUCAGCGACUGAAUUUCUUUAAUACAUGGGCCAAAGUGGCUUUCACAGCAAUACAUCGUCGGUAUAUGAGAUUAGUCACAUCCUGGAAGCAAUCUGCUUCAUCAAAAUCCAAACACCCUGUUGAUUCGGACAGUAAUUACAGUGGUUACUCUGAAGGAUUUCCUGCAAGAUACUGGCUCCCAGCUUUCUUCUCCCCACAAGCCUUUCUGACUGCUGUGCUUCAAGACUAUGGAAGGGCCCGAAAGAUCUCCAUGGACUCGCUCACUUUCACCCACCGUGUGAUUUCUGACACCAUCGAUGACACAGAAGAAUUCUCCAUCAUUAUCCAAAAAAAACUCAACAUAGUCACAAGAGCCUUUAAGGGCUCAGACCCCAUACACACUGGAGUUUACAUUUUUGGCUUAUUCAUCGAGGGAGCAAGGUGGAAUCAUGAACAAAAAGUACUAGAAGACUCGCUGCCUCUUGAGAUGUGUUGUGAUUUUCCCGACAUAUACUUUGCACCAACAAAGAUUUCAAAUGAAACACCAAAUGCUUCUAACCAGGCAGAUUCAGAACUCUACACUUUUGAAUGCCCAGUAUACCAGACACCUGAGAGGUCAAGAAUUUUGGCAACCACUGGUUUAUCAACGAACUAUUUAACAUCGGUGUAUUUAUCAACAAAGAAACAUCCUAGCCACUGGAUCACAAUGCAGGUUGCAUUGCUAUGUGAGAAGAAUGAAUGA